AUUCUGCCGAACUUUUCAUGCGUGUCGAGGACAGUGCACUCUCCUGUUACUGAGUAUUAUCCAUGGUGAAUCUCGUAGUCGCUUUGAUAAUAUAAUUUUCUGAUAACAGUCCGUGUCACUUUUACAGCUCUCCUCUGGUUUAUUGUUCAAUAAUUAUGAGUUUAUCAAAACUUGUUGCAGUUUUUAAAGACCAUUCUACACUGGAUAGUUCUUGAUAACACAUAGAAAAAUGAUAUUCUCUGCGUGUGUGAGUUCCUAACCUCUGCAAUCCAAAAUGCCACCCAAGACUUCAAAAAAAGUGGCUGGCAUGAUAAUCCGGAAUCGGAAAACGAUUCUAAACGAUGGGGUGAUAACGACCUCAGGUAUUGGAUCACCAAGUGUAUUUCAUGCCCUCGUCGUAAUAUUUUUGGAAUUUUUUGCAUGGGGGCUUCUGACGAUGCCUCUCAUUUCUGUUUUGAAUGAGACUUUCCCAGAUCAUACGUUUUUAAUGAAUGGAUUGAUAAUGGGUGUUAAGGGCUUUUUAUCAUUUUUAAGUGCCCCUUUAAUUGGAACUCUAUCUGAUGUUUGGGGCCGUAAAUUUUUCUUGCUCAUCACAGUCUUUUUCACUUGCGCACCUAUACCUUUGAUGACGAUCAAUACAUGGUGGUUUUUCACCAUGAUAAGCAUUUCUGGCAUUUUUGCUGUCACUUUUUCAGUAGUUUUUGCAUAUGUAGCAGAUGUAACGGAAGAACAUGAAAGAAGUCCUGCAUAUGGGCUUGUUUCAGCAACAUUUGCUGCCAGUAUGGCUGUUAGUCCAGCACUCGGAGCAUAUCUAAUGGAUAUUUACGGUGAAGGUGUUGUUGUUGUUUUAGCCACCGCUAUAGCUUUGUUAGAUGUCCUCUUUAUUCUAGUCGCAGUUCCUGAAAGUCUACCUGAAAAAGUCAGACCUUCCUCAUGGGGAGCUCCAAUAGCUUGGGAGCAAGCUGAUCCUUUCGCUGCACUGCGUAAAGUGGGCAAGGAUCAUACAAUUUUAAUGUUAUGCGUCACUGUGUUUCUCUCAUAUUUACCUGAGGCAGGCCAGUACUCCUGCUUAUUUGUUUAUUUAAAAUUAGUGAUGGGAUUCAGUGUAGUAAUGGUUGCUGUAUUCAUAGCUGUUAUUGGAAGUAUAUCAGUUUGUUCACAAGUAGUUCUAGGUUUUUUAAUGAAGUCUCUUGGAUCCAAACAUACAAUUAUGUUGGGACUUUUGUUUGAAACGCUUCAACUCAUGUGGUAUGGCUUCGGCUCACAGACUUGGAUGAUGUGGGCUGCCGGUCUGUUGGCUUCUUUGUCUAGUAUCACCUAUCCUGCCAUUAGUGCAUUUAUAUCAAUGCAUUCUGAUGCCGAUAAGCAAGGACUGGUUCAAGGAAUGGUAACCGGUAUGCGAGGUCUUUGCAAUGGUUUAGGUCCAGCAAUGUUCGGCAUUAUAUUCUAUCUUUUCCAUGUUGAUCUGAAUGAGAGAAGCCGGGAUGACAAAGCUCCAAUUAGGCCUUAUCCUGAAUCUUCGCCCACCCUGAUUCCAGGACCACCUUUCGUUUUUGGUGCUCUUUUAGUCAUCUGUGCUCUCCUAGUCGCAGCAUUUAUACCUGAGGGACCUCAUAUGGUUCUCAGCUUUAAAAAUAGUAUUAGGAAACCUUCAAGCAUGGAAAUUCAUUAUGAGUUUGAUAAAAACAAAAAAUACGAUGGUUGCAGUCCACUCGUUCCACUUCUGGACAGUUCAGUACCCCUUUGAAAUCAGUUCUCGUAAGCUCUCAUUAAUUUUCAUCGACAGCUGUAAUGAUUUCAGGUCAUUACACUUUCUCUUCAAUUGUAAUUUCUCUCAGCACUCAAUUUUAGUUUUAACGAAGCAUACUAGAGAGUAGUCCAGGAAUGCCUUAAAGGAGAGCUGUUCCUCGUUCAUUUUGACCAUGAACACAAUGCAAUCAAUGGUAAUGUGAAAUAUUUUCACAAAUAGGUGUACCUUAUCCGGGGGUGGUAAGGGAUUGCCCUGUGUUCCUUCGUCAGAAUCACAGCUCAGAGCUGCCUUUGAUCUCAAUCUUUCCCUUUACCAUGUCAUCAGAUGACUCUUAUUUGAUGUAAUUUUUUUUUUCUCUUAUUUUUUCCAAGCUACGGUUUCAUAAUGUCAAACAAAGAAUUCCUCAGAAUUUUACUCAGAUCAAAUGAUAUUUUAAGGUGGCUCAAUCACAUUUAAGUUAAAGCAUUUUUGAUUUUUAAGCCCAGAAGCAGAAGUAAAAUUGAUUUCAUCAGAGUAAGAAUGGCCUUCAUUAGUGGAAGUAUGCAGGGAGAGAAUCUUAAAAUAUUAUAUUCACACGGUAUCCCUGAAGAAAGUGGAUAUGAUUUGUUCCCAAAGGCAAAUAUUUAAUUACGUUCAAUUAGCAACAAAAUAAUUUAGAAAAUAAAAUUUUCUGGUUUUUAAAGUUCACAAAGGAAUCAUGGUACAACUACAGAACAACUUAUUUGCAAUGAGUGAAUGUCUCAAUAACAUAGUGCUUCAGUUAUCCAAUUUUAACCAAAUUGAAAAUACUAGUAUUUUGAGGCUGAUUCUAGAUAAGCGUUUCUGAGCUGUGCUUUGAAAAAUUUCUCAACUCUUCAAGCAUUAACAUGCAGACUUUUUUUUUUUAAAUUCGGCUCACUGUAAUCCUAAAAACUCUCAGCCUACCUCAUGACAGGUAAAUCACAAUCCAUGACUUUCAAUUUUAUUAGUUAAUUUAUAAAUAUCAGGCAGUUUCAGUUCAAAACAAAUGAUAAGUUUAAUUACAUGAGUAUCUCUGCAUUUUGCAAUGAUUUUUAGUGAAAACUCAAUACUGUCUCAAUAAAUGACUUUGAAAAGCUCAUUGACGCAUGCAAAUCAGUUGGUGAGCUGAAAGAAAAUUUGCGGUUCAACUAUCUCCUGGAAAGAUGUGGGACAGUAGGAUUUCCAUCUGUCUUAUUAAGUGGAUGAAUCACGUAAAACUAAUCCCUCGCUUAGGGCACAUCUUCAUUGCUAUUGCACUUGAGUUAGAUAGUAAGCCCUGGCAAACAGCUUCUUAGAAUGCUGUUAGUCAGAAUCUUGUAGCCUUAGUUUCUGAGUUUAUUGGCCGGAAACUAGAUUACUUCUAAUCUUUGUUGCUUUCUUUUCUCCAUACAGGAGGAUUGAAACAAGAUAUUGUAGCACAAAAGAUUUUGGUCAUGUAACUAGAUCAGGAAGAAUUAGGUAUUGAAGCACCGAGAGGAAGAAGACAAUUGAACACUAAAGAGUGUCCCGUAGUGUCCACCCCUAGUGUCCACCUCUGAUUUUGAUGAAAUUUUGGGAGGUAGUAGUCACUAAGGAACUAUAACGCAUAAUACAACCAUUCCCACUACUGGUUCUUAGCAGGGAGUAGAGUCAUAGCAAAUUUUCAGCGCGUGAAAGGUUCAAGCUUAAAAGCUAUGCAUAUGCUGCCAGCAAAAUCGCCAAUUGAUGCCUAAGUGACUGCGCUGCUCGCCAGCGCGUUGACCUCGCAUUGGUGGGUCAAAAAUAGGAAUCAUAACUAACAAAUUCUGUUUCCAAAUACAAUCAAUCGUUCCUCAAACUCUGGCUGCUCUUUCUGCAGCUGCCUCUGCUGUUGCCGGAGCCGUUGUUGAAGCUCCUGCCAUUUUGAUCUUGUUGAGCGAUCCUAUCGUCCGAUAACGAUUCCCUUGCUCGAGGUUUGCGCUUUUUGAAAAUUCACUGUAGCUUUCAUAAGUUCUUAUAGUGGGAACGAUUUCACCAAAUUUUUCAGUUCCCUUAGGACUACUCUUCCAAAGUUUCAACAAAAUCAGCGGUGGACAUUAGGGGCCUCCUCUUCGCAAGAUGUCUGGGAAAAGUGUAAAGCGACAUUACUUUACAACAAUGCCAGAACGAUUCAAUUUGGCAUUUUUAUUUCCCUCCUUCAUUCAUUGUCCAAGUUUUAUUGGAAAAGUCGUGUUUCGUUUGUUUUCUUGUUUUAUCUUGUUUUUUUCUUAUCAGUUUAAGAAAUCUGCAUGUAAAAGUGUUAUCUUCUGUAACACGCAGGUAUUAAUGAUAGGUGAAUCCCACCCUAUGAAGUAUCACAUCCGUCCAAUGAAAGCUCCUAGAUGAAAAGUCCUAGUAACCAUCAUUCAAUGAGGCUCAAGAUGAGCUUUUGAUUUUGAAAACUAUCCAGAAACUGUUAGAUGUAUAACGCAGUGGCAGAAAUUAUUGAUAUCUAACAAGUAAUGAAUGAUUUAUUACAGUGUUAAGUAUGAAAUCAUUUGAUAAAUUGGUUUUUUCCAAUGAAACUUACUAGCACUGUUAUAAGUGUUUACAUCCAUGCCUUUCAUUGUUCCUGUACUUUCUUGACUCCUGUAUGUUGCAUGUGCCCUUUUGGCACCCAAGGCUUUCCUUUCAGCUGUCUUUUUUUGGCCUAAAUGUAAAUUUAUGAAUUCUCUCCAAUCAGUUUAUGACCUAAAAUAUUUAUAAAAGCUAGGUACACACCAAAUAUAUUUUAGCUCUAUGAAUGAUUUUUGUAUCUUAAUGAGGACGAAAAUUUCUACUUAGAAAUACAUUCUAUGGCUCAUUUUAAUAACUCUUUUUUACUGUCUCUGUAACCUUGUAAAACCAGCUAGAAAAGAAAUAUCUGAAGCCUUUGCAAUAGGGAAGAUCGUAAAGAAUUAAAAAAAUGAGUUAUUAUCUCCAGUUGUCACAAUCCGAGUAUUUGGCUUGGAGAUAUGUACUGCUUUCCUUUGAGAGAUUCCUUUAAGAUUGUUUCAUGGAACAUAGUAUUGAAUGAGAAUUUUCUGGGAUUUUAUGUUUGCUAUGAUUUGCUGUUUGGUCACGGUUCAAUCAUGUAACAUUUAAUCGUACUCUUUGUAAAUAAUUCUUUCUUUUUCGUUCUAUCAAAAAAAAAAAAAAAAAAUUCUAGAUCUCUUGGCUUUUGUAUCAAAUAUUGAGCCUCUUUGCGGGAAAUCAAUCUAUUUUACUCGAGAUUGAUAAAUUCUCACAAAAUUGACUCGAUUAGGCUUUCAUAUUGAUGCACGCAACUAUUUUUUCCAUGUUAAAUAGAUUACUCAGAAAUUUUGCUUUGUAGCGCAGCAUUCAGUUUAUCCGAUUUCACUUGUGUGUUCAGUAAAUAGAUUUAUAUGCAACUAAUGGAGGCAUAGUCGUAUGAAAGGGCAGGAGAGCUUUGUCUCUUAGAAAUCAAAAGACCUCAUGUCUUCCACCGCCCUUCUUUCUGAUCCGAGAGGACUUAUAGUUGGAGGAAAAUUAACUUCCGUAAUGAGUUUUUAUGGAGUAUGGGCAUCAAAUUUUACCUUUUAACGGGUUAAAAAUGGGUACGCAUUUUAUUAAUUUCUCCUAGUUUUUUAGAGAAAUCUUUCUGUGGUCCUCCCUCACCACCCUCAAGUUUACAAAUGUUGGAUCUCUCCACCGUAAGAAUGUCAUAUGGACAUGCUUGUGAUCAUUGGAGAAAACUGAAAAGUGGUGUUUCAAAAUUCCUGAGUGACCUGUAUUGGACAGAAUGACAUUUUUGCUGUAGAAAGUUUUUGACACGUUGUUUAUUUUUACUGCAAACUGUUCAUUUCUGAGCUUCAAUUUUAAAUCGAAAGGAUCGUAGAGUUAGACUCAUCUCAGUAUCUCCUGUCUCUUUUGAGCUUGUCAUCGCAAGUUACACAAUGAAUUUUUUUUCAAGUUAGCGUAAAGAAAGAUCACUUAAUCUUCAUUUUGUUUUCACUUCAAGUGAUUUUUUUUUCAAUGCCUACUCAUUUGAUUGACUGGGAACCAACUGAAUUCUGUGAGACAUUUGUCCUAGCACUACAAGCUUCUAUUGUCAUACAUUGAAGUUUUUUAAUUGAUUUUGCAUUUCUGCUCUGUUGACUUAGCAACUUUUCAAUGAUUUUCAGUAGUUAAGAAAUGGCUGCCCAAAAAAAACUUUUUAGCAGCUUCACAAUUCACUAGCUAUGUCAACAAUUACCUCCUUCCUUUUUUUCUAGUCUUUGAGUGUGUCUUCAAAGCUCUAUGUUUGUAAGUUUCCUACAAAACUCUCUGCUCUUUAUCAAAACAGUUACAAAACACUGUGAAAAGCAAAAGUGAUAGACGUAAGUGAUAUUUUAUUGUUAGUGAAUAAUUUUUAUUAUUUUGUAUUUUUUGUAUAUUUUUGACGUGUGAGCUGCAUAGUGGUUUCUGUAAAAUAUUUGGACUACAUUUUGCAAUUUGGAACUUCAAUUUCUAGCCCAUCCAUAAAAACACUCAUGUGCAUAGGGAAACUAAUGAUACGUAUAUAGUUUCUAAACUGAGUCAGAUAUUGUAUGGUUCCGAAUUGCAAAAUACAACUAGUUCAUUUGUCAGCAAUCUUUGAAUUAAAAAUUAUUCGCUUGCUCUUUAGUGUUCAGUGUAAGUGAACAUUCGUUUAAGUCAAAGUAUUCGAAUGAGCUACCUGGAUUUUCCACCGCUGACUUUAAAGAUUCUCAUUGCGAAUCUUCCAAGAAGUUUAAUUCCAGUUUUUAUUUUUCUAAAUUCUGUACUUAAAUCAUGAACAGGAGUCCAUGCAAUUUGAAUGUCUUCAUUUUUAUUUUGUUGUAGGUAGAGAUAAAGAACGAAAUUCUGAUUUCAUCCUGUUAUUGUCUUUCAAGUCUUUGAUAGUUAUUUCUAUCAUUUAUCAUUUUCGUUACUCGGAUGCUUUUGUACGAAAAAAAAACAAGUCUAAAAGUCUACAGCAACCAUUUGUAAUCAGACAUCUUUUGUGAGAGGGUGUCCUCGUCAAAUUCUCUUUUAUUAUAGUAGGUCUAGAAGUGUGGAUAAAAUUAUAUGAAUAGGUACUUAAAAUAAAGAAGAGGGUAAAGUAAGAUGAGCCAAGGAAAUUGGGGAAGAAUUUGACCUCUGCUCAAUUGAAUCAAUGUCCAAAGUGCGAAACCUCGUAUCCCCAUCGCAGUGCACCAGAAUUUCUGCUCUCACUUUAUUUUUUUGAAGAGAAACUAGCCAACGUUAUAGUUUGAAACUCAUGCAAAAUAUUGUGCUGACAGGAGAAGAAAAAUUAUGUAGGUUUUCAAUAAAUUAUGUACUUUCGUUUUUCAAAGAAAAAUUGAAUAUAAAAACAAGAAAAAAAUGGAAAAUAACAAAAUAAAAUAAGAAAUGAAAAAAUAAAAUGAAAAUUAAUGAAUGACAGGAAGUCUGCCACUUCAGAAAGGGAGGUACGUGGUUUCGCACUGCGGCUAGCGAAAUGUUACAUUGUUGCAUUAACAUGUACGGUUAGCGUUGUUUGAAAGCCAAAAAUUUGGGCCAUCUAGAAAUUUUAGUGAGUUCUGAAAAGAAAUUCUGUGUUGAGUAAAAAUGAAGACUGUGAUAGACA